GCCACAUUUAUUAAUCCUGUUAAUACUACAUUAUCACUUUUUAAAUUGAGUGCCAUAGUACCUACUGUAUAGUUCAGUUUUAGUCAUUUUUGAAAGAUGUAGUAUGACUGCGUCUAAUCUACACUCAACAUCAAGUAAACCGCACCUUCCGCGACGCGCACUUUAAAGAUUUUCUUCUGACACAAUCAUGGUACCCCAACAAUAUUGGUGUUAUUUAAAAGCCCAAUAAAUAUCCUUAAAGAAAAACACAUUUCAUUUCUAAAUAAAUGAUUAACAUAUACCAUAAAUGUGACUUGAAAAUAGACCUCACUUUGGGCUCACCUCUGGGAUCAAUUAGACCAAUUUUUAUGGUUAUAAAACCAAAUAAUGAUAUCACGUAUCCUCUUUAACAGAUGGAUAGCAAUUAAUCCCAACUUAACAGUUUUAUAGUCAUAAAAAUGCCUCAAGCGUAACUACCUAUUUUUUGAAGAAGUGACUCUGGAUCCUUCUAAAGACACAUUUUUGGGGUAAAAACCUUUCCUUUAAUGAAAUGAAGUUUAGAACUAGGCUUUCAAAUUGUACCAAUGUUGGUGGGAAGUGGACGUUUGAUAAGUGCUUGUCGCGGAAGGUGCGAUUUAUUUGAUGCCGAGUGUAUAUUAGUAAAACGACCGUUACCAAUAGACUAUGAUUCACCUUGUGCAAAUGUGCGUUCCGAAGAUGAUACAGUAUCAACAAGUUUGCCUGCUAAUCAACGUAGUGUUUUGGUUACGCCGCCAGUGUGCUUAGAAAAGGAUAAAGAUACAGAAAUAAGGAUAUAUUUAGGUAGACAAGAUGGAUGUAAAGAAGGAUAUGCCGGUCUUCUUUGUGAUGUAUGCGCUGAUAACUACUUUGGAGACCCUAUUAAAAGAACCUGUGAAAAAUGCGAGUGUAAUGAUAAUACUGAUAUUACAAAACCUGGUAACUGUGAUCCUUAUACUGGUAAAUGUUUACAAUGCUUACAUAAUACAGCAGGUGACCAUUGUGAAGUUUGUCAAGAAGGAUAUUACGGUAAUGCAGUCGAAAAAGCUUGUUAUAAGUGUAACUGCUCUGUUCUUGGAACAAACUUUACCAGAGGAAAUUGUGAUGGUAUCACAGGUCAAUGUCCAUGUUUCAACAAUGUUAAAGGUGUAAAUUGUGAUCAAUGCACAGAUAAUCACUGGCGAAUAGCAGUGGGAACAGGGUGUGACCCUUGUGAAUGUGAUCCUAUAGGAUCUUUAUCACCUCAAUGUAAUCCCUAUAUUGGAAAAUGUGAUUGUAAACCUGGUCAUGGAGGAAGACAAUGCGAUCAGUGUCAGGAAAAUCACUGGGGUGACCCGAAUUUGGAAUGUCAUGAAUGUGAAUGUGACUUACGUGGAUCUAUAUCACAACAAUGUAUGAGAGAAAAUGGAUCAUGUAUAUGUAAGCCUGGUAUUGGCGGAUACAAUUGUGACUUAUGUGCUCGAGGUUACCUUGGAGAAGCUCCCGAUUGCUACGCCUGUGGAGAAUGUUUCGAUAACUGGGAUCGCCUUAUUAAUGAUUUACGUAUCCAAACUGAUUAUGCUAUCGGAAAUGCCAGCAAAAUAAAAGUCGUAGGUGCUACAGGUGCUUACACUAGAGAUUUUGAUGAAAUGACUAAGAAGUUAGCGGAAGUAGAAAACAUGCUUCAAAGCGCUAAAAUGGGGCAAACAACAGUUAAAGACCUUUUAUCAAAUAUCAGUAGCUUACAAGAUCAACUAACGUCAGUAGAACAUAAAGUUAAAGAUGCCAAUGAUAAUCUCAAUGACAUAACAUCAAAAAUCAAUUUAGGCAACGUCACAUUAGAUGGACUAAGAAACGACAUUCAAAACUUGAAAGGUAAGACCAUUGAACUUGGCAGCAAUGCAACGAAAUUGCAAGAGGCCAAUCUAGACGGCGCCCUAAACUUAACUAGAGAAGCAAAACAAAUAGCUGUCAAAGCAUCAGAUGAAGCAGAAGGAGCACAAACAAUAAUUGCUAAUACCGAUAGGCAAAUCAAAAAUACAGACAGGUUAAUUGAAUUGCAGUAUACAAACUUUAAUAAUACACAAAAUGAAAAUGAUAAAAAGCUAGAUGAUAUUCAGAGUCAACUAUCAGAUCUGGAAUCACUUUGCCUAAGCUAAACGAAAAAAUGUGUGGUCAAGAAAGUGAUAGCUGUGACAUUUGUGGAGGCGCCGGUUGUGUAAAAUGCGGCGGAAUAUCUUGUGACCAAGGAGCUGUUACAA